AUGUCAUCUCCGGAACCAGCGCAAACAGCACCCAAAGCCUCAAAAAACAAAAUCAAAGAGAAUUCAAAGAAAAAGUCAAAAUCGCAGCUAGUCACUGUCACCGAUCAUGGCAAAAACGAAGGAGAGAACCCGCACUGGGCUUACAAACCUCCGCCUGGUUAUAAGUCAUUCGACCAUGCAUUCGAGACCGAGACUUUCGACUGGGACUCCGUUCAGAAGGAUGAUGAUCUAGAAAUAUGGCUAAUACGUGUCCCAGACUCAGUCGACCCCAAAAAUCUUGACGGACUGGAGAUUGAUGCACCCUCGUCCUCACGGAGCGGUCAGGUCGGUAGCUUGACGCGGAAGAGCGCUGUAUAUGAUAUAUGGUCGAUGGGUGACGAUGAUGCGGAUUUUGCUGGAGCAGAGGAACUGAGAGAGCUGUCGUGUUUGCUUCCUAGAAAAAGAAAAAAGGGCAGGCUAUACACAGCACCAAAAGAGAUUGCACGUCAUUUCGUUGUUUCAGCCCAGCCAUCAAGAGCGAGCCCUCCGGAGCACCCAUCCAUUCUGCACCAAAAUCCUCCUCGCCUCUCAUAUCCAAAAGAAUUACUCAAGCAUCAUUUCGUGCCGUAUGGAGCCAAGCUUCCAAUAAGCAGCGAUCAUGCGAGUAUGGAUGCUGACGGCCAAGCGGAGGGCGGUGAUACUGGUCUUAGCUUUGGAGGGUCACCCCGCAAGACAAAGGAGUCCAAGGUAAAGGAGUCGAAGAGUAGUAAACGUAAAGCUGAGGGAGAGACACUUCGUAAGAUAACGGUCAAAAAACCCAAAAUGGCGAAAUAG